AUCCCCUCAACAUAAAAAUAUACGUGGCUUUGGCAGCUAUCAGCUGAUUGCGCAAAAUAAAUAAAAAGUACACAAAACUGAAAAUGGAAGCAAGACGGCGCAAGUGGAACCUUACGGAGGAGCAAAGUUUCCUGGAUUGCUGGGAAGGAAGAGCUCAGGAUUUGAGAGGUUGCCGAAAAAACUCCCACAUAUACAAAGAAAUGGCGGUGGAGUUAACGCAGGCGGGGAUAGAAGUUACUGGCAUUGAGGUUAAGUUCAAAAUGCAGAACUUGAUUUCCAAAUACAAAAAGUUGAAAGCAGAAAUGGGACCCUCCGGAGCAUCGCCGCCAACAUGGCCUUUAUUUGAAAAAAUGGCUAAAAUUGUUGGCGGCUACCGUUCGAUGAAUGUGGAAGGUGUUGUGGAGGAAAGUUUCAGUUUGGAUACACAGGUGCCAUCGAUGUCCCCGAUUGCGAUAUCUCCUGCGUUUUCGACACAAGGGUUACCCUCGGAUAGCGAGCAGCAAUCAACGUCGAGCUCAGCGCAACAUACGCGCUCGAGCCGACAACAAAACCCAGCUACAGCGAAUUUGCAGGAGAUAACUGCUACGAUUGAUAAAUGUUGCAAGAACAUUGAAAGCGCUUUAAAAGACUUGGCGGAAAACGAUAAAAGAAAAACGGAAAGCCUCGCUGCAAUGUGCGAAACAAGCCAGAUGUUAGCGACAAAAAUGAUGGAGUUUUUAAACAAAAAUAAUUAAAUGUACAUAGUAGUGGUAGU